UCGUGACAGCACGUACUACCCUCUCAUCCACGGUUAUCACAGCCAAUUCAUUGAUAACCAUGGCUGCCAAAACCCAAAGCCCUGUGAUGGGCGUUGCUACGGCCCAGAGUACAAGAACUCUUUUGCGAGUUGUCAUUCUUUCUCUCAUUGCCGGCGCUGCGAUUGCCAGUCGCCUUUUCUCCGUCAUUCGAUUCGAAAGUAUUAUUCACGAAUUCGACCCCUGGUUCAACUUCCGAGCCACCAAGUAUCUCGUCGCGAACGGCUUUUACAAAUUCUGGGACUGGUUUGAUGACAGAACAUGGCAUCCCCUUGGUCGUGUCACCGGUGGCACGCUCUAUCCUGGACUGAUGGUUACCAGCGGUGCCAUCUAUCACUUCCUCAAGGCCCUUACCAUCCCCGUCGAUAUUCGAAACAUUUGCGUCCUUCUCGCCCCUGCCUGCUCUGGAUUGACUGCUAUCGCCGCCUAUCUUCUUACUAAUGAGAUGACGACCUCGCCCUCCGCCGGUCUGCUCGCUGCCAUUUUCAUGGGCAUCGCCCCCGGCUACAUCUCUCGUUCCGUCGCCGGUAGUUACGACAAUGAAGCUAUCGCUAUUUUCCUUCUUGUUUUCACCUUCUACCUUUGGAUCAAGGCAUUGAAGCUUGGAUCUAUGCUCUGGGGUGCCCUCUGUGCGCUGUUCUACGGCUACAUGGUGUCUUCUUGGGGUGGUUAUGCCUUCAUUACCUGUCUUCUUCCUCUGCACGCCUUCGUGCUCAUCUGCAUGGGCCGCUACAGCACCAGACUCUAUGUCAGCUACACGACCUGGUACGCUCUUGGAACGUUGGCUAGUAUGCAGAUCCCUUUCGUCGGUUUCUUGCCGGUCAAGACCAGCGAACACAUGCCUGCUCUCGGUAUUUUCGGUUUCCUUCAGCUCAUUGGUUUCAUCCAGUAUGUGCGCUCUGCCAUUUCAGGACGCCAGUUCCAAACGUUCCUUGUCACUGUCCUCAUCGCUACUUUCGGACUUGGUGUUGUCGCUCUCGUUGGACUGACUUCCAUGGGCGUCAUUGCUCCCUGGAACGGUCGCUUUUACUCACUGUGGGAUACUAGCUACGCCAAGAUUCACAUCCCCAUUAUUGCCUCCGUAUCUGAGCAUCAGCCCACAGCCUGGCCCGCUUUCUUCUUCGAUUUGAGCAUGCUCAUCUGGUUGUUCCCUGCCGGUGUUUACCUCUGCUUCAGCGACUUGCGCGAUGAGCACGUUUUCGUCGUUGUCUAUUCCAUUUUCGGCAGUUACUUUGCAGGUGUCAUGGUUCGUCUCAUGCUCACUCUCACCCCCAUUGUCUGUGUGGCCGCCGCUAUGGCUGCAUCACACAUCUUGGAUGCUUAUCUUCUUGUUGACUGCCCUGCUGAGGGUGCUCAGCCUGAAGCUACCGAGAAGGAUUCGAACAAGGCCAAGGACGGUGGUCUCCGCAGCGAAUCCAAGCCAUACAUUGGUAUCUUUAGCAAUGUCUCCAAGAUGACUGUCGUCACUUCCAUGACUGUCUAUCUCAUGAUGUUCGUCACACACUGUACUUGGGUCACCUCCAACGCCUACUCCUCCCCCUCCGUCGUGCUGGCUAGCCGAAUGCCCGAUGGUAGCCAGCACAUCAUCGAUGAUUACCGUGAGGCCUAUCAGUGGCUCCGCCAGAACACCAAGGAGGACGCCAAGAUCAUGUCGUGGUGGGAUUACGGUUAUCAAAUCGGAGGUAUGGCUGACCGCCCUACACUGGUUGAUAACAACACUUGGAACAACACUCACAUUGCCACUGUUGGCAAGGCCAUGAGCUCUAACGAGGAAGUCAGCUAUGAGAUCAUGAGACAGCACGAAGUAGACUACGUUCUUGUUGUUUUCGGAGGUCUUCUUGGAUACUCUGGUGACGAUAUCAACAAGUUCUUGUGGAUGGUCCGUAUUGCUGAAGGCAUCUGGCCCGAUGAGGUCAAGGAGCGUGACUUCUUUACCGCCCGUGGCGAGUACCGUGUUGACGGCGAAGCUACCGACACCAUGAAGAACAGUUUGAUGUACAAGAUGUCAUACUACAACUACCACACUCUCUUCCCUCCUGGUCAGGUUGUCGACCGCGUUCGCGGCUCCAGAUUACCUGAUACCGGCCCUGUUCUCAACACAGUUGAGGAAGCCUUUACCAGUGAGAACUGGAUCAUCCGUAUUUACAAGGUCAAGGAUCUUGACAACAUUGGCCGUGACCACACGUCUGCCGCUGCAUUCGAGCGUGGCCAGAAGAAGAAGAAGGCUGCCAAGAAGGCUGGUCCCCGCGUUUUGCGCGUUGACUAAUUGGUGCAAGGAAAGAGUUAAAAAAAAGUUCAUGGGGAUAGACCCCUUUAAAAUGUAGUUUUUCUGUUUACUUGCCAGGUAGCUGCAAUGUAUAUCACUGUAUUGUU